CAUGACAUGACAGUGGCUGCAAUUCUUUCGGCAAUGGGUAUUCGUCCAGCUGUUUUCCCAUUAUAUGCUAGUUUGGUGUUAAUAGAAUUGCAUAAGCACAGUGGAGGACCAUUCACUGUGAAGUUGUUUUAUAAGAAUGUAACUGAUUCACCUGCGCUAUUUGAAUUUCCAAUAGAAGGAUGCGCUAAACCGUGUACGCUAGAUUCAUUCAUUUCACGCUCACAAAAGUAUAUUCCCGAUGACUGGAAAAGGGAAUGUGGCCUUAAAGAGUCUAAUCCUGAAUCGAUCUUAACGAAUGCUUAUAACAAAGGUGUGAUACUCUCAUUGUCAAUAUCAACUGCCAUAUUGAGUAUGAUAAUGGCAGUUAGCUUGCUCAAAAAGUACUUGGAACGGCAACGUCGCUAUGAAGGACGUGUUCGUCUGUCAACGUCGGAGCAAAGUUGUGAUACGUUAACAUAG